CGAGAUACCCCGCAGAAACAAAGAAGAAGGGUUCAGUGUGUAUGGUUAGGAGCCGAACUCGGAACCGCAGCUUUGAUAAAAUAAUAAUCUGUGUUUCGUUGUGGACCGGAACCAGUUGUGGCUUCCUGCUACUUGUGAAGCGCCGCACCGACCUGCAGCUCCCCGCGCGGCCUCAGUGCAUCUCUGCGGGAGAAGAUGUUCCGCGGCCGGCCUCCGUUUAGAGGCUACCCGCCUCCUGUGAGGCCUUAUCCGUCACAGGGAUAUCGGGACGACAGGGCCCGACCGAGACCUCCGUACCACCAGGACUACCCGGAGUACCGGGACCACGGAGCCUCGGAAGCCUACCACAGGAGGCACCCGUCCCCCGGCCCCGGAGGCCACCGCGGCGGGGACUUUUGGACCGGAGGUGCGCCUCCUGAGAGGUCUCCGUCUCACAGAGGACCAGCUCACCUGGACCACAACCUGGUCAUCAGCGUGGGGAACGAGCUGACCAGCCCCCCGCCCCACCACGACAGGGAUUACCUUCCCCGACCUGAAUACGAGCGAAGUGGUAGCAGGGGCCGCAGUCCAGGCCGGAGCCGGGGACGCAGCAAGAGUCGUCACCGUGGAGAGAGUCGGAGUCCAGACAGGAGCCGGGGACGCAGCAAAAGCCGGGCCAAGAGUCGUGGGCGGAGCAGGAGUCGUGGGCGGAGCAAGAGUCGUGGGCGGAGCAAGAGUCGUGGGCGGAGCAAGAGUCGUGGGCGGAGCAAGAGUCGUGGGCGGAGCAAGUCUAGAUCCAGGUCCAGAUCUCGGGGGAAGAGCAGAGGAAGGAGUCGUAGUCUCAGUAGUUCGAGCUCCAGCAGCUCGAGUUCCAUCAGAGACGAGAACGAUCCGUCCAGGAAGCAGUUUAAGGAGCUGGAGCUGGCCCGGCGCCGGAGGGAGGUAGAGGAGCUACUGGGUCAACCUACCAAAUCCAUCCUGAAGAAGCACAACAGUUACGAAGACUCGCCGUCUUUUCGGAGCUCCGACUCGCCCAGGGAUCUGGACCGCACCAUGGCCCGUGUGGCCGACCAGCUGAUGCAGGCUGUGAAGCUGAAUGACCCGCGUGCUGUGGCAGCUGUUCUCUCAGAACUGCGGUCCGACCCGCAGAUGUCUCAACGGGCCAACCUCAACAACGAGAUCAAAGAAAUCCUGAACCUGUUGGGCAUGGCAGAGCCAGUGGGCGGAGUUUCACAGAGAGUCCUGGACGAUAUUGAUGAUGAAGAAAAGUUUCUGUAUGGAGAAUUGGAGGAGUCCAAAAUGUCAGCGGCACCAGAGCCAGACCGCCAUCACAGCCUGGAUCUGUACGGAGAUGUGACGGAAGACUCGCUGUACUCUGAUCUCCCCUCGCAAAGAGCCGGUCAAGUGUACCGCUGCCCUCCAACCAUCUCGCCUCAUCUUCAGGUCACUCCGUCUGUGAGUGAGCCCAACAGGCACAUGAGUCAGCCCGGCGUCGGCCCCGACCAGAAUGCCAUGGCCUAUCCUCCGGGAACAGAGCCGCUGGAGGACAGUGAGCGCCAGGCUUUGGAGGAGUACGAGAAGAUCCAGGAUCUCCUGAAAACCAUUGGGCUUGACCUGGGCGUUGGCGAGAUCAGCAAGAUGGCUGCCAGGACCAAGGAGCGCCUUCAUGGCAACAAGCAGCCUCCAAAGACACCCACGCGGCGACGAUACUCUUCCGGCAGCUCCAACGGCAGCCGCCAUAGCCGAGGCCGGAGGAGGCGGAGCCAGAGCAGCAGUUCAAGCAGCAGCAGAAGUCGCAGUCAUGGGCGGGGCACCAAACGGGGCGCCAGCUGGAGCAGCGAGGACCAUGAGUCCAAGAAGACCACAGCUGCUAAAACUUCCAAAGAUUGGGAGGUCAAGGAGACGAAGAACGAGUGGAGCACCCCAAUGCUGCCUCAGAGUCAGACCUCUGACCCCGCCCCCAUCCCGACUCACACAAGCAUGCCCAUCCCUACUUACCCUCCCCCCCAGCUCCCUGGCAUGAUGCCCCCAAACUACCCUCCUUCAGCAUACGGCCAGUAUGGAAACUACCUGCCCUACAUCCAUCAGCAGUGGCCCCCCAUGUACCCACCGCCUAACAUGACCCUGCCCCCUCAGCCUGCCGCCGAGAACCUCACGCCGCCUCCCACCUACAAAAAGGCUUACGGACAACCCGCCCCAGAGACGGGGGGCUUAGGUUUUGCGAGGAGUGUUGGUCAGGAAGAGCAGCGGCGGCGGAGUCAGGACCAGAGCAUUUCUGACGAGCAGAACAACGAGAGCGAGAAACUAAAGGUUCUGGAGGAGCGGGAGAAGCUGAGGCAGGAGCGAGAGGUCCGAAUGACGAAGAAAGAGUAUCUGAUAAAGGAGCUGGAGCGACUCAGGAAGCAGCAGGGCGAGCUGCUGAGGAAGAAGCGCCGUGAGAAGGACGGCCAUAAGGACCCCCUGCUGCAGGAGAUAAACCGCCUGCAGGACGAGGUCAUGGCGAAGAUCUCCAACCUCCGCAAGGAGCACGAGGCUGCCGAGAGGAAGCGCAGCGAGAUCGAGAAGGUCGCGCAAAUCCUUGGCCUGAGCCCUUUAGAUCGGCCCGGCAAGGUCAGCAAGCUGCCCAAAGCCCGGGACCAGGAGGAGUUGCCUCCGAAGAGUGAAAAACGGGAGCAGGGGAGGAACCCAGAGGAGCAGCCAGCUGCCGGCAGCACCGCCUUAAAGGCUUCGACUUUGACGAAGGCCUCGCCAGAACGGCGGCUGUCCACCGCCGAGGCUCCGCCCCCUGAUCCGUUUGAGUAUUACGACGCUGGGAACCACUGGUGCAAAAACUGUAACAUCACCUCUGGUUCCAUGUUUGACUUUUUCACACACUUACACAGCAAACCGCACCGGAAGACUUUGGAUCCGUACGAUCGGCCCUGGGCCUCCAGUCUCACCAAGGCCCCUAAGACCACUGCAGGAGACGCCAAACAGACCAAACCAGCCAAAGGGUCGGAGUUCCUGGUUCCUGUCAGAGGGUUCUUCUGCCUGCUGUGUAAGGAGUUUCAUGGAGACGCCAUCUGUGCUGAGGAACACGUCAUCACACACUCUCACAAUGAGAAAUACAAGAAACAAACGACGGAGAAUCCGCUGUACGAGCAGAGGAGGAACCUGGACCGGCAGGCGGGCCUGGGUUUGGAGGCAGGCGCAAAGAAACGCAAGCAUGACGACGACGACGAUAAAGACAGAGACGAAAAGAACAAAACCAAAAAGGACAAAAAGAAGGAAGAGGAGGCUGCCGAGACCUGCGAUGAAAAAAUCAAAGUAAAGAAAGAGGAAGAGGAGCAGAAAGUGAAGGCGAUCAGAAAGAGCCUGGAGGAAGACAAGUUUUACAGCAAGAAGGAUGAAGACGAAAAGUACAAACAGAGCAAAAAGGAGGACAAACACAACAGCAGAGAGAAUGAAGACAGGAACAGCCGGUACAGAGGCAGCAGUCGAGACGAAGAGCAUCGGCACCGCCAUCGCAGGGACGACGAGGCUCAUCCAAAGUACGGCAGUAAAUACACCGAGGACAAAUGCAAGCAGGAGAAAUGCUCAGAUUCCAGGUCUAAACAUGACCGAGACGAAGGGAAGCAUAAAGCCGAGGCUGAGAAGCCAGGAGGGAAACCAGACGCCAGGAAGUCUGAACCUCCGCCAAAACCCUACGAGCUGCCCAGGAUCUUCUGUGGGCCGAGUCCGGCCAUGAGGGCGAAGCUCCGCAAGCAGGCGCUGGAGGCCGGCAAAGCUCCGGCCUCUGCAGGCGGCGCCACCCCGUUUGGGAAGUUCACAUGGAAGAAGAAGGAGAACCAGCUGGCGAAGGAAGCCCAGAAAGUGGCAGCAGAGUUUCUGAAGGAGGAAGAAGCGGCUGCCAAGGAGAAGGCAGGGGAAGAAGAGGACUCCUUCUCCAAGUCGGUGGCCGCUGCCAAAGAGAUUGCUGAGAAGCUGGCCGGCGAGGAGCUGAAAUCUCCCCCCUGGAGAUUUUACACGUCUGGUCGAGGACAGAUCCGGCCGAACCUCCGUGCUCCUGUGGCUCCGCUGAGGAGAGCUGCCCUGGCAGGGAAACCCGCAUCCCUCAACACAUUUCUGAACAUGACACCCCUAAGCACCGACGGAGGUCCACCAGGGCCUUUUCCUAGGGCCCCUUUCAGGCCCCCGAACCCACAGGUGUUCAACAGCAACCCCGGGCCUCCAGUAAGCUCUGCUGCACCGCUGGGGGUAACGUCUGCUGCAGCCACGGUGACCAGUGAGCAGUUUGGCCCUAAACUCCCUCCGUCAAUGCUGCAACCUGGACCGUGUCUCACCUCCAAGCCUGAUUCAGCCGAGGCAAAACCUGAAGUGAAGCCACAGGUCCUUAAACCUGAUCCGGUCCAGUCAACACCUGCAACAGGACAGAGUAGUCCUUCAACAACGUCCGCUGCUCCGUUAAGCUCUGCAGGAACCCGGUCCGCUCCACCAGAGGUCAAAGCUGCCGCUGCGCCGCUCUCUCCAUCUCAGCCAGCACUGAUAGAGAUCGUCUCCGAUGUGGCGGCUCCUGGCGUCCCGGAGAGUGAGCAGACUCGCACCGUGUUCGUCAAGCCGCCUCCUUUCAAGAGCAUGCUAGCGGGGCCUCAGAAGUCGGAGAAGCUGCAGGGCAACCUGGCUGCAGCCAAGGCUCAGGCCUUAUUUGACAUCUUCUACAGCAGCCUGGGCCGGGCCGGCCCGUCCUCGUUCUCCAGAACAGAAACCGACGGUACAGCUGGUAAAGCUUCUCCUUCAGGCCCAGUGCAAACUAAGAACCAGCCCCAAAAUAAACCUGAACCCCAGAUCCAAUCACAAGAUCCCCCCAAGUUACCCCCAACUCAGACCCACAGCCAAUCCCAGCCCCCCGAGGGGCCCAGACCCCGAACACAGGAAGAGCCUGAAUCCCGACCUCAGGUUGGACCACAAGUCCAAAAUGAGCCUAAACCCCUAAAACCCCAACAGCAACCUGAACCUCACCCCCCGGAUCUUCAGGAGCCGUCACACGACCCUCAAACGGCCCCCCAACCCCGCUCUCUGUCGCCCACCUCUACUCCAAAUACCACACCAACUUCUCCACAGAACGGGCUUCAAAGCCAAGCUGACAUUCAGAUUACCUCCGUUUGGUCUCUUCAGGACAGCACAGCUCCAACAGCCAAGGCUGCAGGUCCAAAUGCCCCAGCGCCGCACCCAGAGCAGACUCCCCCACCUCCCUCUGAAGGAUCCAGGCCCCCCACUAGUCCUGGGCGUAAAUCUCACAUCUGCCCACAGACCAAGCCCGUUUCGGCGGUACCAGCAGCUGAGCCACUGUUCCAGCCGGAACCGCAAACCGACCAGGAGGCUGAUGCCCAUCAGGAGACUCCAGAGCCACAGCCCAAACCCAAACCCAGUCCUAGAACCAGAGGUAAGGCAGCAGCAAUGAAGAAGACCCCUCCUGCUGCUCCGGUUCGUCAGACCCGCUCCCAGACCCGAUACCAGACCCGUCAGCAGCAGAGUCAGCCAGAACCCGGCCAGGACCCCACGGCGUCAGAAGCUAAAGGUCUGGAGUCUCCUGACCCGGAGCAGGAGGCCGCCUCGGACAAAGAGACGGAUCCUCCAGGGUCGGAGGUCACCCCGGAAACCUUGGGUCUGCCUUCAGACAUGGCCGCCCUGGACUUUGACUACACUUUUAACUUUGAGUAGGAGGCCGCGGGCCCAGAGCGGCUUACAGGACGGGUUGAGGAAACCUGGGCUGUGGAACCCAGACUGACGUGCAGAUCGGACCUCCUCCUCCCAGAAGCUCCACGUCUGACUGCUGGCUUCCUGACGUCUCUGCAGGUUUCUGUGGUUUAAAGUCACGUUCCUCCUGUGUUCCUGCCUGCAGAUGUUUCCCCUCCAUCGUGCUGAAGCUGUAAUAUUUGUUUCUUUCAGCAGUUUUAAUAAAGAUUGUUCUGAACCUUC